AUGUCUGGAAGCACAGGAGAACGUUCUUUUGCUGAUAUUAUUACCAGUAUUCGAUAUUGGGUCAUUCAUAGCAUUACUAUACCUUCCCUAUUCAUUGCAGGUUGGUUAUUCGUCAGCACGGGUUUAGCUUACGAUGUAUUUGGAAGCCCUCGUCCAAAUGAAUAUUUUACAGAGAGCCGACAAGGAAUUCCAUUAAUAACUGGCCGUUUUGAUCCUUUGGAACAACUCGAUGAAUUUAGUAAAUCUUUUUAG